AUGAAAUUUGAUAAGUAUGAAUUCAUAAAAUUUUAUAUUUGUGUUACUUAUCCUCUUUAUUAUUAGCAUCUUUUAGAGACUGAAGUAGAAAAUUAGGAGAAAGUUUUUGAACAAGAAAUAGAGUUAAAUGCCUUUUUAAUUUUGGAUAGUCUAUCUAAACCAAUGAAUAUUUAUUUAAUUCGUACCCCUUCUAAUUUAAUAUAAAAUUUAAAGUAUCUGUGUUUAAAUAUACUUGGUUAAAAUAAUAUAACAAGUUUUUACAUUUGGAAAUUAAAUAAGCUAACUAAAUAAUCUAGAGAAGCUAUAGUUAUUGAUUUCGAAAUAGAAUGA